AGCUCAUUCUCGCUCAUUCAACCCUACAGCUUUUACCCCCGAUGUCCUGUCCGACCUGCUAGAUGUCUCAUUGGAGGGCAAUCGUCAACGGAGGCGUUGUACCAUGACGACGAGCACGGAUCCGCCGGUGCUGUACAACCUAAAGCACGAGUCCCCCCGUGCAGCCGAGUCCUCCCCUGCAUCCGCUCCUGGCAUCGUUUACGACCACGGCCACGGCCACGGCCACGACCAAGGUCUUCCUCUUCAUCACCGUCCUCCACCUCCGCAACUCCACGAGCACCAUGUCAUCAAACGCCGCCGCAUCACCAAGGCUUGCGACUUUUGUCAUCGUCGCGGUCGAAAAUGCAAGCUCCCCCCCGGUGUUGACCAGACCAGCAGCUCCUCCACUCCCGGAUUGCCCUCCGGACACAUCACCUGUCUGACCUGCGUCGAGCACGGCGCAACAUGCACGUGGACGCGCGUGGCAGCCAAGCGGGGCGUCAAGUCCAAGUCAUCCCCUCAUGGCUCCUCGAGUAGGGGAGGCACUGCCGCUUCACCCACCACCCCGUCCACCCCCGCCGUAGCGGGUGACGACAAGGCAUGGGCCUACACCGAGGCGCGCCACGGCGACCCGGACCUCGUCCGUGGCCUCCUCCGCAUCUUCUUCGACACCGUGUAUCCCAUCUUCCCCUUCUUCGCCGAAUCCCUCCUUCUCGCCGAGUGGGACCGCUGCCGCCUGUCGUCCAGCCGCGCCUCCUUCGCCUGCCUCAUGGCCGUUUGCGCCACCAGCUCCUGCCACGUCCGGGACGGCGCCGUCUUCACCCUCGGCCUCUCGGUCCCCGUGGAGCCCCGCCACCGGCAGGCCUACCUCGAGGACGCGCGGAGGGCCGUCCCGCGCCAUGUCCCCGCCGCCGACUGUUUCCCGUACCUCCAGACCCUGGCCACCUUGUCGCUCGCCGCCAUCCAGAUCGGCGACGCGCCGCUGCUGCACCAGUCUCUCGGCCUCUACCACCUCGUCGUCGCCCAGCAUAAUUUUCACAACGAAUCCCGCUGGCCGCCCGACUUGGACCCCGUGGAGAGGCACGUCCGCCGCCAGUUCUUCUGGUCCAUGUACCGUCUCGAGGUCCACACCGCCCUCAUCAUGGGCCAUGUCGUCCGCUGUCCCGAGAUGCAGGCUGCCGUUGCGUACCCGUCUAUGCCCCCCGGUCUUGAUGGCUCGCUAUCGACGCUAUCGACUGCGGCAGCGGCAACGGCAGCGGCAGCGGCCGUGUCUGGGGUCUCGGGUUCCUCGUUUCCACGUGGCGGGUGGUUGAUAGGCUGGAACUACAUUACCGACCUCUACCGCGUGCUCGAGCAUGUCAUUGUUCGUUUUCGCGCCCGCAAGAUCGCUGCCGUUGACCGGGGUAGCUUGUACGGAGGAUACGGCUCUAUAGCUCCUCCCGUUGACGAGCUGCUCACCCGCGUGCUGGCGCAGAGGGACGCGCUCCCGGCCUAUCUUGCCCGUGCGCAACCUCCGUCUCAUGACAUUGAGUCCAACUUGUGUGGGUUUCAGGUUGCUAAUAUCGCUUGUACCAUUCAGCUUCUGAGAAUGACCUCCUUCUCCUGCCAGGACGUAAAGUUCAGAGAUGCCUGCCGCGCCGCUACCGAGCUGAUCGAGGACAUGUCCCAGACGCCGGUGGAUUAUCUCCGGGCCAUCGGCUCUCCCAUGCUACAGGAAUUGGCCGGCGUCGGCCACAUGCUGACUAGCUUCAUUGGACGCCAACUCCAUCCCACCGAGUAUCAGCACCUGCGGGAAGUCAUGUGAGCAAAAAGAAAAGAAGAGCCAUGGCCAUCUUCCUCGAGAACCUGGGCCCCUCCCUCCCCUCGGCCGUGGAAGCCGGACACAGGCUCUCUCGCCACAUCGGCCGCAUCGACGACUACCUGGCCAAGACGCAGCCGCCAGACAGUUCCUCCUCCAUCCUGAACGAGCCCGAGGCGUCGCAAGUGGCGCCGGGCCAGAGAACCGCCGAGGUGCCGAUUCACCAUUUCGUCGUGCCGCACGCCAACUACACCAUCCCCUUGGAGUAUCUGGAGCAUAUU